GUGGCCAAAGAAAAUUCAAUUGGUUGAGGAUUAUUGUUUCCUUUGAGCAAACAUGUCUGGAUCUAAACCUAGACUCCAAGAUUUCCCUAAAAUUGCGUUGGAGCAAUAUAUCACGGCUCUUCAAAGCGAGUCGAAAAUGGCCCGAAAACAAGCCUUAUUGAACGUCAACAAAGAAAUAUUUGAAGAGCCAGCGAACCAAGAUUGUGAUCUCACAGUUGUGUUCCCUGAAGUGUACUCUUACGUGCUGAAAAGCUUCUCUGAUGUAUCGGAGGCGUGUCGUGAGGCUUCUGCAUUGAUCAUUUCCAAUUUCAUUGAUCGCUUGCCGCUCAAUGACUACUAUUUGACUUAUAUUUUGCCUGUGAUUGUCCGGCGCAUUGGCUGCCCUGAAAUAGUGGAGGAAUCAGAAGAACUACGCUUAGUUCUCAUUCAAUUAGUACGCAAAAUUGUAGAGAAAUACAAAGUUACUCAUUUGUUAAGUCCAUUUAUUAACGAUUUCACCAGUAUUUUGACCAAGACCAGUGCAGAUCCAUUCCCCAAGGUGAAGCUGGAGGCCUGUGAUUGUAUAAUCCUGUUGACGCAGGUCCUUCAAAGAGAUUUUCAUUUCCAAUGUGAAAGCUAUGUUAAGCCUGUGUUGUCAAAUUUUGCUCAUCAGCAUUUCAGGGUUAGGGUUGCAGCUAUUAAGGCUAUUGGAGCAAUAGUUUUAGCAGGAAACGGGAAGUGUUUUGAAUUGUCCAUUACUCCAAUGGCAGAGAAGCUGUUUGAUGAGAACUCACAGGUCCGCCUUCAGGUUACCCUGGAGGUCGGCAACUGGAUGCUGAAUUACAGAGACAGAUAUUCCUUCUGGCAUCGUAUGAUACCACUCUUGCUUACAAGUCUCAGUGACGUCAUAGCAGACAUAAGAGAGACAGCCACGAAGCUCUGGACGGACAUCGGACUGCAGUACAUGGAAGAGAAUGAAGAGGACUUGAAAAAGAAAGCAGACUUCCUGAAAGACGUCCCGACGCACUACCCCGACGUGAAGCGCCCGAAUAUGGGAUGCAGGGUCCUGGUGCAGACCAAUAUAGGGAAGAUCGUACCUGCUAUUUGGCGAGAGAUGGACGGCUGGCAAUCUGACGCCAGGCUGCGGGUCUCGCAGCUCUUAUGCUGGCUCAUCCUGUGCGCCGAGGAGGGCUCCACGCAGCACGCCAACACCAUCGUCAGGACUCUGCACCGCGGCGCUAGCGAUGACGAUCCCAGGAUCACCUUGGAGAUCAAACGAGCAUCCGAGUUGUUCGGCUACUUCAUAACGCCCGAGACCUGGUGGCCGUUGCUAGAAGCAGAGGUAGACUCGUGGGGCGCGCUGUUCGUCAUCGCCAACAUCAUAAGGGGCUCGCAAGCUGAGCAUAUCAAAGGGAAAGUCAUGAAGGAGCUCUGUAAGGAACUGGUGGACCCUGAUAGGUGCAGGGUUAGAAAGCCCAAGUACCAAACGAACCUCCUCCGCGUGGCGGAAGCUCUCAUGGACUUAUGCAAGGAGGAGUGCCUGCCGGUCGCCGAGGACCUCUUCGUCAUCAGCUUCACCGUCUACGCGAUGCCUGUGGACGACCAGAUACAGAUCAUGGCUUUGUCUAACCUCGACAAGCUACGCGCCAUAGAGAAGUGCGGGCUGUCUCUCACGGGAUUGUACUCGCUUCACGUGCGCCGCGUGCUCGCUGCCAUUACUAGUGACGCGCUGACCUGGAGUCUUCUCACGCCGGAUCGAUGUCUGCUGGAGUGCGUACUCAUGCAUGCCGGAUCUGCCAUGGGCGAUCAGCUGCAUCUCAUCGCGCCUCUCCUCAAAGAGUGCCUGGCGACCCCCAAAGUGGACCCAGAGGUGAAGCUGAAGAUUUUCACAGUGCUGUCCACUGUACUCCUGAAAAGGCAGGCCAACUUCUGCAAGUGCGAGACUGAUAAGCUGGAGGCUUUCCUCAAGAUUGUUAUAGAAGAGGUGAUAAUGCCGAACCUGGUGUGGUCUGCGGGACGCACCGCCGAGGCUAUCCGCAGCGCCGCCGUGGCUUGCCUCUGCUCUGCCUUGCAAGAUGCCCCGCAGGACGACUGCAAGCUUGUACGAGACAAAGGGGGCGACGGGGAUAACAAUGAGAAGGUGUUACAUUUUUUUUUAUUAUUCCAGGAAGUGAAUCUGUUCCCGACUAAAGAAUCUUUGGAGCCAUUUAUGGAGAAAAUAGUUCCUUUGCUAGUGGGGCUGGCGGACGACAACUCUACGCUGACCAGACAGCACACGCUUAGGGCGAUCUGCUACCUGGCCACUUUAGCCAAGCAGCGCGGCUGUUUCACCGUGGAGAUUCUGCACAAGCUGUACUUUGUGGUGCUCAAACGCCUUGACGACAGCAGCGAUAAGGUCCGCUCGUACGCCGUCCAGACGCUAUGCACUCUCUUCAAGAGCCGACCGGAGUAUAACAACGUGACCUACGGCGCCCAUAUCGACGCUCUCUACAGCGCUAUGUUGAUUCACUUGGAUGACACGGACGAAGGAUUCAGAAAGGAGAUGUUGGAUGCACUUUUGUCACUCUGCGAUCUAGACCCCGAGAUGAUCUUGAAGAAGGUGAAAGCGAAUAUUCACCUUUACAGGAAUAAAACUGCUUACGAACGUCUUUCUAGUCAAGCUGAGAAACUAGUAAUUAAUGUAAUGAAUUAUUGA